UGCUCCCUGCGCCUGGUCGGCCAGCGGGCAUAUGCGGCGCCCCGGGCGCCCCAGUAGCAGGCCAGCCUGUCGGGGCGCGGGAGGCCCGCGGGACCUGUGCGCACACUCACGUGUGUGGCCUGAAGGGCAGGCUGUCAUUUGGUUUGGGUUUUGGCUCCUGGGGUGAAUAUUUGGUGUCCAGCGUUUUCCCUUCCAGUUUGGCUUUUGUUCUUGCAUUCUUUAACCUGUGACCCUAGGAAGUGCAAAGGGAGCCGUGGUGGGCGGCGGAGCCCAUGGACCCCGCGGGCAGCCCCUGCCUGAGGAGCCCCCCAGGCCCAGCCCCGCUCUGGGACUGCCUGCGGAACCCCCUGGCCGAGGGCAGUGAGGCCUCGGGGCCGCCCCACUGCCCACCCGCCCCCUUCUCCUUCCACCAGAAGCCAGACUUCCCGGCCUCAGCUGCGUCGUACCCUGACUUCUCGGCCUCCUGCCUGGCCGCCACCCCGCACAGCCUCCCCCGAGAGCAGCGCGUUUUCACGGAGCAGCACCCCGCCUUCCCGCAGCCGCCCGACUGGCACCUCCCCGUCCCUGCGUCCCGGCAGAGGCCGCACCCUGGCCCAGCGGGGGGCUCCGGAGAGCCGGUGGCCAGCAGCCCUGGCCUGGUGGAGCCCGUGGGAGGCCCUGGCGAGGACUACGGGGUGCAGGGGAGCACGGCCGGCGAGGCAGAGAGGAAGCUGUCCAGGCGGAGGAAGGCGGCAGCAGACCUGCAGGAGCCCCGUGGGAAGGCAGAGGGCGGCAAGGCCCGCAAGGAGAGGACGGCCUUCACAAAGGAGCAGCUGCGCGAGCUGGAGGCCGAAUUCUCACACCACAACUACCUGACGCGGCUGCGCAGAUACGAGAUCGCCGUGAACCUCGACCUCUCCGAGCGCCAGGUCAAGGUGUGGUUCCAGAACCGGAGGAUGAAGUGGAAGCGGGUGAAGGGGGGCCGGCCCGUCUCCCCCCAGGGCCAGGACGCGGACGACGGGGACUCCCCAGCCUCUCCCAGCUCGGAGUGAGAACUGGCCUGGCCGCGGCACCCGCCUCCCGGGGAGACCACACAGCCCCCGCUGAGCUGCACAGACCUGGGAGGGGCUCUGGGAAGUUGCCUCUCGGGGUCUCCCGCCACCUCCUCCUGCACCCUCCCACAGCCCAGCCUGGCCUCUCCUGGGCCUGGACACCACCCAGCCUGCGGGCUGAGGCCCCUGGGGCCGCGGCGACUCAUAAAGCAAAGGCUGGGGCGGAAGGGCGCACUGGAGACACACCCGGCCCCUGCUCCUCUCGGCUCUUCGGGGGGCAGAAAGGAGGACGGCGGCCCUGGGGCUGGGAGUUUCCAUGUCCGUGCAGUGACUGGGAGAGGACAGAGGCAGCCUGGGCAGGCCUGCGUCCCCACAAGCGCUGGCUCCCAAUGGCCGAGCUCACUGCAGGACCCAGCCAGGACUGGUCAGCGAAGACCCGAGGCACGGCAGCUCCGCCUUUCCCACCUGGGAUUUCCAGGCGGAAGCCCUCUCGACGUCCAUGCAUGGAGCUCAGGGCUGGGCAGUGGCUCCUGUGUCCCGGGUGCAGGAGGUAACAGGAGCCCAGGACGGACCCUGGGGUGCACGGUUCUCCAGCUGCAUGCCCUGUGCUCCCCAGGACUCCGACCACACCCAGGACAAAGACACAGCCGCUCCUGGAGGACCCCCUCAGCCCCGCAGGGCUCCGCAGGGGUCUCGGCUGUCCAGUACCUGAGGGGUGGGCACACACACUGCUGCGGCCCCUGGGGAAGUUGCCCAAGGACAGGUGGCCAAACCACAGCCCUGGCAGGAGACAUGCAGCCCAGCCUGCCCUCCGGUCAAGGUCUCUAACCCCAGCUGCUGUCGUGGCCGGAGGUCUGCAAGAGUUGGGAUCUUUGCAAGCAGGUUUAACCCUUCACGGCAGAAAGGACGCUCCCUCCCUCCCCAAGGUGACUGCCAAGUGAGCUGGCCGGAGACAGCACGGGGGGUUCCUUCCUAGAGCACACGUCACACAUUUUCUUAGGUGACAUCCGUCUCACUGUACCAGGUCAAUUCACUUUGUAAGAAAAGAAUGGAGAAAUAAAGUCAGUAAGAAAGCAAACUUCCUGGACCCUUCUCUCUGCAGAGCUAAGAGCCAGAACUCUCGUGGGCAAUCUUCUGAUUAUCGCCUGUGGUCACCUGACCGCCGCCUGCUAUCCAGGAGCAAUGAGAAAUAGGGAAGACGCCUCCACACCCAGAAUCCCCUUGAGCUCUUGCAAAGCUGGGUGCAAAUCUGAUCGUUGGAAUUGAA